AUGCCAAUCAUUAUCUUCUGUCUUCUUAAUUCUCUCUUGUCUUUCAUUCACUUGUCCCUCUCUCUUGCUUGCCUUUCGUUCUCUCACCCCUCUCUCUUGCUUGCCUUUCGUUCUCUCACCCCUCUCUCUUGCUUGCCUUUCGUUCUCUCACCCCUCUCUCUUGCUUGCCUUUGGUUCUCUCACCCCUCUCUCUUGCUUGCCUUUGGUUCUCUCACCCCUCUCUCUUGCUUGCCUUUGGUUCUCUCACCCCUCUCUCUCUUGCUUGCCUUUGGUUCUCUCACCCCCCUCUCUCUUGCUUGCCUUUGGUUCUCUCACCCCUCUCUCUUGCUUGCCUUUGGUUCUCUCACCCUCUCUCUUUUGCCUUUGGUUCUCUCACCCCUCUCUCUUGCUUGCCUUUCGUUCUCUCACCCCUCUCUUUGCUUGCCUUUGGUUCUCUCACCCCCCUCUCUCUCUCUUCCCCCCUUGCCCUUUCGUUCUCUCACCCCCCUCUCUCUUGCUUGCCUUUCGUUCUUUCACCCCCCUCUCUCUUGCUUGCCUUUCGUUCUCUUGAUUGUUUCUCUCUCUCUCUCUAGCUCAUCCCUCUCUCUUCUGUCUCUUUCUCAGUCUUUUUUUUUAAAUCAAUGA